AUGGUGAUGGUGCAGGCCUCGGUGACGGUUAGCAAUGUUGCGGCUGGCGACGCGACGACCACAGAUUCGCGGGCAGCCAGAUGCGCCACGACUGGAUCUUCGACGGUGACGAUCAGCAACGUAGCGGAUGGGGCCUGGACCUCGACGGACACGCCUUUGAAACCAACGGACAACAGCGGCGUGAUUGGGUCUUCGCAGAAGACGAUCUGCAGCAACGAGAUUUCUGCCGGGGUGACGCAUGCCAUGGACUGCAGCGGCUUGAUUUUCACCAAUGGUUUUGCUAUGUAUGGAGAGAGGAGUGCUAGAUUGCUAGAAGACGUAGCCAAGCGGAGGUUGUUAACUGCUGAACUCCAAGCAAUGAAGUCUAGAUUAAGAAUCUAG